AUAUACUUUAAUAGUCGUAAUCAACCGCCCCCCACGCAAUUGAGACGGUCCAGCCAUGUUUGGCUCUUCCGGUUAAGUAACGUUAGCUUUACCGGCGAACUGCGUUUGCCAGCGAGUCCCUCCUGCAGCGUCAGACCGACAUUUCAGACCGUUGUGUCUUUACUCUUCGACCGGAAAGUCACGAUGCAGUCGGAUCGAAAUAUAACCAGUAACAUUAGCAGCAGCAGCUGUGGCGUGGACAGAGCAGGUAAACCGGGGCUUUUCAGCAACAUUCAUACUGUCACAACAGAAGACACGGGUCCACCGGCGGAGAAGAAAGGAGUGGGAGGCACGGUUAUCGUUAACGAGAGAAAGUUGAGGGCCCAUAGCCCCUUGUUUGGGGCCAACUGUGAUGACGACUCUGAGGCAGAGGCUUUCCGGGAUGGGAGAACCGAGGAGGUUGACCGGGACACGAGGGGCAGGGCGUUUGCUUGGUGCCGAGACUUUCUCUCAGGGUCGUGGAAGACCAUCAAAGAGGAUGAUUUUCAAAUCAGCAUCGUCAGUGGUGGACUGAGUAAUCUGCUGUACCUGUGCUGUUUGCCUGACCAUGUGCGCUCUGAGGGAGAGGAACCUCGCCAGGUGCUCCUCAGAGUCUAUGGUGCCAUCUUACAGGGUGUGGACUCCCUGGUGUUGGAGAGCGUGAUGUUUGCCAUCCUGGCAGAACGAACUCUUGGGCCAAAACUUUACGGCAUCUUCCCUGAGGGACGCUUAGAACAGUACCUUCCGAAUACUCGCAUGCGCACAGAUCAACUUUCAGAUCCAGCCAUCUCAGCUGAAAUUGCUACCAAGUUGGCAUGUUUUCAUGAAAUGGUUAUGCCAUUUAACAAAGAGCCUAAGUGGCUGUUUGGGACCAUUGACAGUUACAUGGGUCAAGUGAUGAAGCUUAAUUUUGUACGUGAAGCACAUGUGAAGAAGUACAAGAAGCUGAUGAAGUUGGACCUGCCUGCUGAACUGGACAGCCUCUAUGCGUUGCUGGCAGCGACUCCAUCGCCCGUGGUGUUCUGCCACAAUGACGUCCAGGAAGGUAACAUUCUGAUGCUGGAAGACCGGGACCACACCUCAACAGACAGACUCAUGCUGAUAGACUUUGAGUACAGCAGUUACAAUUACAGGGGUUUUGACUUUGGGAACCAUUUCUGUGAGUGGAUGUAUGACUAUACCUAUAACCAGUGGCCCUUCUUCAAAGCCACACCGGAGAACUAUCCCACCAGAGAGCAGCAGCUUCAUUUUAUCAGGGGCUAUUUGGCAGAACAGAGAAGAUACUCCAACAUUACCAUUGACCAGACACAAGUUGAAGAGGACAUGAUAAUUGAAGCCAACAGGUAUGCAUUAGCAUCACACUUCCUCUGGGGGCUGUGGUCGAUCAUUCAAGCAAAGAUAUCCAAGAUUGAGUUUGGAUAUAUGGACUAUGCCCAGUGUCGUUUUGAAGCCUACUUCAAGCAAAAAAAGCUCUUCUCCUGAUUUCCACCAUGUUAAUUGGAUUGUGAUGUAUGGUUUAUUGGUCCUUUAUCAUUUUCAAGCUAAUCUUUCUCUGUUGAGAUUCUAUGCAGCUCUGCUUUUGAAAAGUAGACAUUUAUAUUUGAACACAGUGCAGCCAAUAAUUUUAUUGAAGAAUUUUAGAGCAGGUGUAGCUCUAUAGCAAUGAAUGUUGUUGUUUAUUCUUUAAGGGACUCAGUCAAUGUGAUGUUUAGGUAUUCUAAUGGCUAAUGCUAAUGUUUGCCAGAGAAUUAAUGCCUUAGUCAUUUUGUUAAACUUAACCAUUAGUCUUGAUUUUAGCAUGGACAUGUUUUGUUUUGUUUUGUUUGUUUUGUUUGUACUUUGCUUAGUGUUUUUAGUCAUUCUACCUCAUUUCUUUCUUCUCAUGUUCAUAAUUCACAAUGGUUAUUCUCUAAUGGUGGUCCAGUAAAUUUAAGUUCAAAGCUUACAUACAUUCAGCAAAUUAUUACAAAAGGAAAUUUUAUAGAGAUGCAGCAAUUCCCUUGGCCUAUUCCGAUUUUCUUUUUUUAUUUAAAGUGUGACCUUCCGAAUCUGAUUAUACUUCUUUCUAAGAACUAUAAUUGACAGCAUACACAAACAUUUAGUAACUUCUUUUUAAUGGAAUAAGUGUUUUGCUAUUCUUCCUGGGGUCCAUUCAAUUGCUUGUUCAUAAUAAAACUGACUGUUAAAUAACUUCUAUAUUUCUACACUGCAUCAGGUUACAGUAUACUAUAUAUUUUAUUUGAAAGAAUAGGCUACAUUACCUUUAUUUCUAGUAGAUUAUUUCUUCUCUCACCAUUCUAGUCGCGCAAAAAACACAACUCGUGUUUCACCCGCGAUUCCGAUUUCACAUCAUGUGAGGCUGUGACGUGAACCAUCAUGCUGUGAAGCACAAUUGUUGCAUCUCUAAUAUUUUAUACAGCAUCACUGAAGUCCUAAAUACUGUUAAUUUAACUAGAACAUAGAAGUUUUGGAUCAGUCUCUACAUUUCUGCUGCACUUGUCCAUAUUUUAAUCUUGUGUCAUUUAUGUAUUAUUCAGAUCAUUUUCUGUUUGUUUUGCCAAGAAUCAUAACUUGGAACUAACCUGUUAAUAUUCUUACCUGUGUAACAACAAUGUCUAUCUGGCACAUGUAUGCAACCACAUCAACCUGAAUUGCCUAAAUUACAUCCAACAAUAAUUUAAGUCUGAGUUAGAAAAGUCACAGUGUGACUUUCCCUUUACCUUAUUUGAAUGUAGGGGUGUCGAUUCUAAAUCGAAAAGCAGGAUCAGUGAAUCUCUUAAUAUUUCUUUAUUUAUUAUUAAUAUUUCUCCACCCCAGCUACUUGCAGGAAUUGAGGUUUUUUGGUUUUUUUUUUUUUAAAAAGCAUCAUUGUCCUAGCAGUUUAGUUGAGGUUGGUCCUCUUUGCACUACUAAAAAUGAAAUUAAAAGCUAAUAAACAUGUGUUUAGAAACUA